CAGCGUUUGGACAAGGAACCAGUCGCUCUUUGGACACGGUGAGUGAGAUCGACCUGCAAGGGAAAGGGACCAGGGUUAUCGUUGAGCAGAGAUGGAUCCAAACCCACAUCAGUAAUCAAGACUACCAUUACGCUUCCUGGAUAAUCACACCGUAACAUAUCAACUUAGUAUCAUCAUGCCUGGAUUAAAUUUCUGGAGUUCCUUCCGCACCCUGAGGAAUAUUCUACCCUUCACUGGUACAUCGGAAGAGAAAGUUAACUUUGUAAGAUUCGACCGUUCUGACACCGAUUUCUCCGGGCACUCCGAGACCGAGUUUAAUGCGCCAAAUGUUAACACAAUUCCGAACGGGAACGGGAAAGUUAUCGGUGAAGAUGGUACUCCGGGAUAUGAUGGGUUUGAAGGAUCUGAGAAACAGAAUGGUGGGUUCAGUAGCCUUGAGGAGGAUGUUGGGGGACGAAGAGGAUCGGAGCCAAAGCGUAGGAACCAGAUCUCCGCUUGGCAAGCCGGCUGGAAUGUCACAAACGCCAUACAGGGGAUGUUCAUCGUGAGUUUUCCGUACGCCGUGCUCCAGGGGGGUUACUGGGCCAUCAUAGCCAUGGUAGGAGUCGCCUACAUCUGCUGUUACACUGGCAAGAUCCUGGUAGACUGUCUCUACGAGGAGGACGAAUUCGGCCAGAAGAUACGCGUAAGGAACACCUACGUUGAGAUAGCGGAGGAGUGUUGGGGGAAGCACCUUGGCGGAAAGAUAGUUAAUAUUGCUCAGAUAAUUGAGUUACUGAUGACGUGUAUCUUGUAUGUCGUUCUCUGCGGUGACCUACUCCUAGGGAGCUUCCCUGACACCAUAUUCGACUUAAGUUCCUGGAUCAUGAUCAGUAUAGCAUUCCUCAUCCCGUGCGCAUUCCUCAAGAAUCUCCGCCACGUUUCCUUUCUAAGUUUCUGGUGUACAAUGGCGCACAUGGUCAUCAAUGCCAUUAUUAUCAUAUACUGUUUUACAAAAGCCCCGGACUGGCAGUGGUCUAAAGUACAAGUAAAGAUAGACAUAUGGACAUUUCCAAUAUCAAUGGGCAUCGUCGUCUUCUCAUACACCUCCCAGAUAUUCCUCCCAUCGCUGGAAGGCAACCUGCGAGAUCGCAACCAGUUUCACUGCAUGAUGCAUUGGACUCACUUCGCGGCAGCAGUCUUCAAGGCGCUCUUCUCUUACGUGUGUUUCCUGACCUGGGCCUUCGAUACCAAAGAAGUCAUCACGAACAACCUCCCGACUCACGAGUUCAAGGUCAUAGUGAACCUGAUUCUCGUCGUAAAAGCUCUUCUCUCUUACCCGCUGCCCUACUUCGCAGCGGUGGAACUCUUCGAGACCGCGCUAUUUCGCGGGAAGCCCGAGACUUUGUUCCCCGUGUGUUUAGAUGAUGAUACUUCUCUAAAAGUCUGGGCCCUCAGCGCUAGACUCGGCCUAGUCGUGUUGACACUCGUCAUGGCAAUAGUAAUCCCGCAUUUCGCACUUUUAAUGGGUCUGAUUGGUAGUUUUACGGGCACGAUGUUGUCCUUCGUGUGGCCUUGUGUGUUCCAUCUUAUUAUAAAGAAAAAUAAUAUGCGGUGGUAUAACAAGGUUGCUGAUAUAGUUGUGAUUCUUCUUGGUUUAAUUUUCGGUCUAAUAGGCAUAUACUAUUCGGGACAUGCUCUCAUCCGUGCGAUACAGGGUCUUUCCCCUGAGCCAAUGUCAGCCAAAACCAUUCCCAUAAUCCACCCUCCGUUUAACGUUUCAGUCGGGAGUCCAACAUAGUGUUCGAGCAACUAGUGGUCACGUUAUUCAGUCGUUAGGACUAGUCAUUGGAAAUCUACCAUAGUGUGAUCACAUCACUGUUUAUGCCUAUGUAUUAAGGGAUGGGCGAAGACAAGGCUUGUAGAAAAAAAACUGUUAUGAGGUCUUCCCCAUGCCAUGGCGGGGACAUUCUCAAAGUAUUCUUUGAACCUGAUGUGUAUCUGUCGUAAAAGUCGGAUCGGCGGGCGAUAGCUUGAUUUGGUUAUAACUCGCCAAAGAGGGAUGCUUACCUAGCAGGUAAACAAUGGUUCGAUUUCCAAACACAAUAUUUAUUUUUUAUAUCCCGGAAGGGACGUGUGACUUGCUAAGCAAGCAAUCAUAAGAUACAGAAACUAGUAUUAUUUAGAUUGUAUAUUCAUAUUUUGGUAUGCCUGAAAGUAGUGAAUGUGGUCGUUUGCACGUAACGUUCGAUGUUCUACCAAACCGAAAUGGUGGGAAAAUGACGGUCUCCUUACUUAAAUCGUCUUUCUCUGUGUACUGCCAUCUGCACGGUAAGGCGUUGGUUACUAUUCACAAAUAUAGCAAACUUGCAUACAGAGGGGAAUGUUAGAAGCAGCUACCAAGUGCUCAUUUCAACCUAUAACGGGAAAGAACCAAUAAGAUGCCUCAGAAGAGAUUCGAACCCGAGACAUUUCGGUUGGGACACUACGCCCCAUAAUCAAGAUUUGUCUUCAAACAGUAUCAGGUAUUCAGAUGAUUUUGAAGUUACUGCAUUGAGAUGAUUUUGGAGUAGUUACAAAAUAAUCUAAAUACUGUUAGUUACUGUUUGAUAAAAAAAAGAUUCUUACAAUUGUAACAAAUGUCAUAGUCAAUGGUCUGUUCCUGUGAUAGAACAACAUUGCAUGACAAUAAUAUAGUACCCAAUAAUAGAGUACCAACGCCCACAGGCCCAUAUGCCCACAGUUUCGUCCUUGUCAAAUCGAAUCUGCAUACAUGUAAAGAAAAUGCAAGAACGAUGCAAGGGGAGCGAGCGACGGUCUUCCCAACUAUGUGUGAACUUGCGAUCAAAUUUACUCUUGACAGUUUUCGUUGUGAUAAUGAAAUAGCAAUGUUACCAGAUCAAAUAUAUCAUA